CACACACACAGAGUGCCGCAGAGAUCCUGAACACACCCUGCAGACCCGAUCAUCCGGACCAGCAGCCCCACAACACGGACUGUACAGGGCCGGAGCACACGGAGACCCCCAGCUGAGACGUCCUGAGUUCUGCUGACUCAGCGCUGCUAGGCUCCGCUGCGGACAUCCCGUGAUCAGCACCUUUAUUCUAGACAAGGUGCACGCGCAUCACGGCCCGACCCAUCUCCAUCAGCUGCAGCCUCAGAACACAGCAGCACGAUGUCUGUCAAUGACAAAGACCCCAUGCCUGCAGUGGCGUCCCUCUCCCCGGGACAACUGCAGUCCCUCCUCAAGAUGGAGCCCAAGACCCUGGGGGCGAUCCAGAUCGUUAUCGGGGUUCUGAUCCUCUGUCUGAGUGCCUCUGUGCUCCAAGUCCACGAGGUGCACUUCACAGGAGACGUGGCCCUCUUCCUGGUGGUUGUCAUACAGGUGACCCUGUCUGGUUCAGUGCUGGUCCACAGUGGGAGGAGACCCACUCUGUUCUGGGUGAAGGUUGUGCUAGUGCUGCACCUCAUCAGUGCUGCGUUCUCCACCGCCGCCCUGGGUCUGAUGUCCAAACACCUGCCGUACCGCCAGGACUCGUACCACUGUGAGCACUGCCACCGGCUGGAGCUGCACGCCGUGCAACAUUGUUUCAGGAAAUGCACCGGGCUGAUCGAGCAAAAGUGUAAACUGCUGAUCGACGGGAUCCUGGUGACCCUGGUGAUCUUCCUGGUGCUGGAGCUGCUGAUCUGCAUCACUGCCAUGCUCUUCGGGCUCAGUGUGCUGGCUGCGGGGGGGGCACAGGCUCCCAGACAGAAGCCUGUUUACCCACAGACCCGCCCCCCCCCCUGUUCCAGCUGUGCAGGUGUUUCCAGCUGUGGACGAGACUUCUCAGGUGGCUGUCAUUGUAACUGAGGCCGAUUCAGAUCAGGUGGAGGAGAUCUCCACCCCCCCCACUGAACCCCAGGUGGAGCCCAUCGAAGAUGUGACCUCAGAGCCCUGAACUCAACACACACACACACACACACACACACACACACACACA